AAUCAUCAUAGGAUAGAGAGAGAGAGAGAGAGCGAGAGAGAGGGGGGCAGGUUCUCAGUUUGGUCUAUAGAUGGCAGUAUUCUAACAGGAACAGGAGUUGGACGGCAGAGCCACUGACUGGGUUCAAUGUGUGCUGCGCAGGCGAAACUCAGUGAUGGAAACAUGUGAAGACCCUUGCGAAGCUUUGACCUGCAAGUUAGCCUUCAACAACAAAAAGGCAAAGGUCUCCUCCCUCCUCCCUGCCGUCCAUUCUCUCUGCUUUCUCUGCACUUUCUUUGCAGGCCCGUUAAACAUGGAGGGCCAGCGGGCAACACGCAGGACUUUAUCACCUCACCCUAAAGUAGGAGCCGUAGCUGCUCUGCUAGGCUUCUGGCUCUUAGCGAUCCCUGCCCUGUGCAGUGGACAGACAUUCACUAGUUUCCACCCUGAACGUCGGGACUGGGUCUUCAACCACCUGACGGUUCAUCAAACCACAGGAGCAUUGUAUAUUGGAGCAGUCAACCGUGUGUACAAGCUCUCAGGCAACCUUACCCUCCUUGUUUCCCAUGAUACAGGCCCAGAGGAUGAUAACAAGGCCUGCUACCCCCCUCUGAUUGUCCAGCCCUGUUCUGAGCCCCUUGUCUCUACCAACAAUGUCAACAAGCUUCUUCUCAUUGAUUAUUCCCAAAAUCGGUUGCUGGCCUGUGGCAGCCUCUACCAGGGUGUCUGCAAACUCCUCAGAUUGGAUGACCUCUUUAUCUUAGUGGAGCCCUCCCAUAAGAAAGAGCACUACCUCUCCAGUGUCAACCAGACUGGGACCAUGUAUGGGGUCAUUGUGCCUUCACAGGGCCAGGAUGGCACCCUGUUUAUUGGCACAGCAGUAGAUGGAAAGCAGGACUACUUUCCCACCAUUUCCAGUCGAAAACUGCCGCGUGACCCAGAAUCUUCUGCUAUGCUUGAUUAUGAAUUGCACACUGACUUUGUGUCCUCUCUCAUCAAGAUACCAUCAGACACACUGGCACUCGUCUCCCACUUUGAUAUUUACUAUGUUUAUGGCUUCGCCAGUGGCAGCUUUGUUUACUUCCUGACUGUCCAGCCUGAGACGCCAGAGAACAGCAUGUCAUCAAGUGGAUCCACCAGUGACCUCUUCUACACCUCUCGUAUCGUCCGCCUCUGCAAAGAUGACCGCAAGUUUCACUCCUACGUCUCUCUCCCUGUUGGCUGUGUGAAAAAUGGCGUGGAAUACCGGCUACUGCAGGCUGCCUACCUCGGCAAGCCAGGCCGCGUUCUCGCCGCCUCGCUCAACAUCAGUGCCCAAGAUGAUGUGCUCUUCACAAUCUUCUCUAAGGGUCAGAAGCAGUUCCAUCGCCCGCCAGAUGACUCAGCACUCUGUGUGUUCACCAUCCGAGACAUCAAUGCACGAAUAAAGGAUCGCCUGCAGUCCUGUUACCAGGGAGAAGGAAACCUGGAGCUCAACUGGCUGCUUGGGAAGGAUGUUCAGUGCACCAAAGCGCCGGUGCCCAUUGACGACUCUUUCUGUGGUCUGGACAUCAACCAGCCACUCGGAGGUUCUCAGCUGGUGACCGGUCACACUCUCUACACUGAAACUCGGGACCGCAUGACUUCUGUCACCUCGUAUGUCUACAACGGCUACUGUGUAGCCUUUGUGGGCACCAAGAGUGGACGGCUAAAGAAGAUUCGUGUCGACGGGCCUCCGUAUGGUGGUGUCCAGUAUGAGACAAUAUCAGUCAUCAAGGAUGGCAGCCCUAUCCUGCGAGAUAUGGCCUUUUCCCUCGACCGCAACUACCUCUACGUCAUGUCUGAGAGACAGGUUACCCAAGUUCCCAUCGAGUCAUGUGAGCAGUACGGAACCUGUGGAGAAUGUCUGAGCUCUGGGGAUCCACACUGCGGCUGGUGUGUCCUGCAUAAUAUCUGCUCUCAGAGGACCCGGUGCGAGCGCGCAGAUGAGCCAUAUCGUUUCGCCGCUUCUCUCAACCAGUGUGUGAAGGCCACAGUGUACCCAGACAGCAUUGCAGUGUCAGAACCCAGCGUACCUCUACUGGUGAAGGUGAGCGACGUUCCAGACCUUUCUGCGGGCAUCACCUGCUCCUUUGGCAACCUGACAGAGGUAGAGGGACAGGUCAAUGGCAACCAGAUACUUUGUGUGUCUCCUGCUGCCAAGGAUGUCCCCCUCAUCCCUACAGACCAAGAUUGGUCAGGCGUUGAGUUGAGACUCAAUUCUAAGGAGACUGGUCAGAUGCUUAUCAGCACAGAGGUCAAGUUUUACAACUGCAGCGUCCACCAGCUGUGCCUGUCAUGUGUGAACAGUGCCUUCCGCUGCCACUGGUGCAAGUACCGCAACUUGUGUACCCAUGACCCCUCCAGCUGUUCCUUCCAGGAGGGACGAGUCAACGCUUCUGAGGACUGUCCCCAGCUGGUGCGCUCUGAGGAGAUUCUGAUCCCAGCAGGGGAGGUGAAGCCUAUCACCCUGAAGGCCAGGAACCUGCCACAGCCUCAGUCUGGCCAGCGAGGCUACGAGUGUGUCCUCCACAUCCAGGGGGUCAGCCACAGAGUCACUGCCCUCCGCUUCAACAGCUCCAGCGUUCAGUGCCAGAACAGCUCGUAUCUGUAUGAGGGAAUGAAAAUCAGCGAGCUGCCUGUGGAUUUCUCAGUGGUGUGGAACGGCAACUUCAUUAUUGAUAACCCGGAGAAUAUCCAAGUGCACCUUUACAAGUGUGCAGCCCAGCGGGACAGCUGUGGCAUGUGUCUGAAGGCAGAGAGGAAGUUCCAGUGCGGCUGGUGCAGUGGAGAGGGAAGGUGUACUCUGCGUCACCACUGCCCUCUCAUCAACCCUUACACCACCCGCUGGCUGAACCUGUCCAGCAAGAAUGUCAAGUGCACCAACCCACGCAUCACUGAGGUGACCCCAGUCGCUGGACCCCCAGAGGGAGGCACACGGGUGACCAUCCAUGGCACAAACCUCGGUCUGGCCUUUUCAGACGUGGUGGGCAAUAUGGAGGUGGCAGGAGUGAGGUGUACCCCUGUUGAGGAUGGCUACAUUAUCGCUGAACAGAUUGUGUGUGAGAUGGAUGCAGCACCUGCAGACAGCAGACCUGGUCCAAUCCAGCUGUGUGUUGGAGAGUGCAGACCAGAACUCAGGGCUCGCUCCUCACAACUCUACUCCUUUGUGACUCCCACCGUCACAGGUCUGUCCCCUAGCAGAGGUCCAGAGUCUGGGGGCACAAAAGUAACCAUAAUGGGAGAGAAUCUUGGCGCCGGCAGCAGUGUCAACGUUCAGUUCGGAAACCAGACAUGCGAGUUCUUUGGACGGACCAUGACGGAGAUAGUUUGCUACUCUGCCCCUUCUCUGUCUGGUGUCGGCCCAGUGCAGAUCAGCGUGAGCGUGGAUCAUGCCCAAAUCAGAGAGAGUCUCACCUUCGAGUACAUAGAAGACCCUACUAUCCAGCGUAUUGAACCAGACUGGAGCAUUGCAAGUGGUCACACCCCUCUGAUGGUCACAGGAACCAAUCUGGAUGUGGUUCAGGAGCCCAGGAUCCGAGUUAAAUACGCCGGCCGAGAGUCUGUUAACGUGUGUAAAGUACUGAACACCACCAGUAUGAGCUGCUUCGCUCCCUCCCUGAUGGCAGAAUACCAGCCAGGUUUGGACACAGUGAAGCACGCAGAUGAGUUUGGGUUCAUCUUCAACAACGUCCAGGCGCUGCUGGUCUACAACAACACCAACCUCCUCUACUACCCAAACCCUUACUUUGAGCCCCUCAGCACCACUGGUGUCCUGGAGCAAAAACCAGGCUCGCCAAUCAUUCUCAAGGGCAGAAACCUGGUUCCCCCAGCAUCAGGAGGGGUAAAGCUUAACUACACGGUACUGAUUGGAGAGACUCCCUGCUCUGUCACUGUGUCCGAGAGCCAGCUGCUUUGCGAGCCACCCAACCUCACCGGACAAUACAAAGUCAUGGUUCAAGUGGGUGGUCUCCACGUUUCUCCUGGUGCGGUCCACAUUAUGUCGGACAGCCUGCUGACCCUUCCAGCCAUCGUUAGUAUUGCUGCUGGUGGAGGCCUCCUCCUCAUCAUUGUCAUCCUCGUGCUAAUCGCCUACAAGCGGAAGUCGCGUGAAAAUGACCUCACCCUUAAGCGCUUGCAGAUGCAAAUGGACAACCUGGAGUCACGGGUUGCCCUAGAGUGCAAAGAAGAGCUACAGACAGAUAUCAAUGAGCUGACCAGUGACCUGGACAGAGCUGGUAUCCCCCACCUGGACUACAGGACGUAUGCCAUGAGAGUCCUCUUCCCCGGGAUAGAGGAUCAUCCUGUCCUCAGAGAACUGGAGGUGUCAGGUAAUGGCCAACAGAAUGUGGAGAAGGCCUUAAAGCUAUUUGGCCAGCUCAUCAACAACAAAGUGUUCCUGCUCACCUUCAUCCGAACACUGGAAAUGCAGCGCUCUUUUUCCAUGAGGGACCGUGGCAACGUGGCCUCACUUAUCAUGACGGCCCUGCAGGGGCGACUGGAGUACGCCACCGACGUCCUUAAACACCUGCUGUCAGACCUCAUCGACCGCAACCUGGAGAGCAAAAACCACCCCAAACUACUGCUGCGCAGAACAGAGUCAGUUGCAGAGAAGAUGCUUACAAACUGGUUUGCCUUCCUCCUUCAUAAAUUCCUCAAGGAGUGUGCUGGGGAGCCUCUGUUCAUGCUGUACUGCGCCAUCAAGCAGCAGAUGGAAAAGGGGCCCAUUGAUGCCAUCACUGGAGAGGCCCGCUACUCCCUGAGUGAAGACAAGCUCAUCCGCCAGCAGAUUGAGUACAAAACCCUGAUCCUGAACUGUGUGAACCCAGACAAUGAAAACAGUCCAGAGAUUCCAGUAAAGGUGCUGAACUGUGACACCAUCACCCAAGUAAAGGAGAAGAUACUAGAUGCUGUUUACAAGAACAUGCCCUAUUCUCAGCGGCCGCGUGCUGUCGACAUGGACCUUGAGUGGCGCCAGGGGCGAAUGGCUCGCGUGGUGCUGCAGGAUGAAGACAUCACCACCAAGAUAGAAAAUGACUGGAAGAGACUCAACACUCUCAUGCACUACCAGGUGUCAGACCGCUGCGUUGUGGCUUUGGUGCCAAAACAGACCUCAUCAUACAACAUCCCUUCCUCAGCCAGCAUAUCACGCACCUCCAUCAGCAGAUACGACUCUUCAUUCCGCUACACGGGCAGUCCCGACAGCCUUCGUUCACGUGCUCCCAUGAUCACCCCUGAUCUAGAAAGUGGUGUGAAGGUGUGGCAUCUGGUGAAGAACCACGAACACGGAGACCAGAAGGAAGGAGACCGUGGAAGCAAGAUGGUCUCUGAGAUUUAUUUGACCAGGCUGCUAGCUACCAAGGGUACACUACAAAAAUUUGUUGACGAUCUGUUUGAGACGUUGUUCAGUACAGUUCACAGGGGGAGCACUCUUCCCCUGGCUAUCAAAUACAUGUUUGACUUCCUGGAUGAGCAGGCAGAUAAACAUGGAAUUCAUGACACAGACGUACGUCACACAUGGAAAAGCAACUGCCUUCCAUUGCGUUUCUGGGUGAACGUGAUCAAGAACCCGCAGUUUGUGUUUGACAUCCAUAAGAGCAGCAUCACGGACGCCUGUCUGUCUGUAGUAGCUCAGACCUUUAUGGAUUCUUGCUCCACUUCAGAGCACCGCCUAGGCAAAGACUCCCCAUCCAAUAAGCUGCUCUACGCUAAAGAUAUCCCCAAUUACAAGAGCUGGGUAGAGAGGUACUACGCUGACAUCAACCGGCUGCCAGCUAUUAGUGACCAGGACAUGAAUGCCUAUUUGGCAGAACAAGCCAGACUCCACUCCACGGAGUUCAACAUGCUCAGUGCCCUCAAUGAGAUUUAUUCUUACGUCAGCAAGUACAGUGAAGAGAUCACAGCUGCUCUGGAGCAGGAUGAGCAGGCAAGGAAGCAGAGGCUGGCCUACAAGGUGGAGCAGCUCAUCUCUGCCAUGUCCCUCGAGAGCUGAGAGUGACCCCUACUGAAAGAGUGAGAGAAAGAGAGAGAGAGAAAGAGGAUCACAGUCUCUACCGGACCUCCCAAAAUGGUCCCACAUUACUUACCUCUCAUCGUGGGAGCUGCAACCACGAACCAGACCUGGGAUCUCUGCAUCCACAGACAGACAAACAACUGCAUUAAUUUGUAAUACUCUCUCCCUUUCAUGAUGGCACCAGCUAAGGGCCCACAGACUGAGACAGAGACCCUGCAGCUGGAGCUGAUAACGGCAUAAGGAGGGAACAUCAGCAGAGAAGGCAACAACAUGGCUUGUAUUUAUUUUUUUGUUUGUUUCUUUUUCUCAAAGGAAAUUUUCUCUCAGUUUGACAGGAAAUUGUAUGUUGCGUGGGUGUGGGUGUGUGUAGGGGUGUGUAGGGGUGUGCAUGAGUGUGUGUUUGUGUCGUACUAAGCAAGACUCCUGCAAAGACUGUGAGAGCAAAUGGAGAAACAGAUUUAUUCUCUACUCAGUCAGAAACUGACAUCUGAGUGUGAAACGGAGACAAAAAGGCGAGAAGCACAGGAGCAGAUCUCAUCUUGGACAGCUGAGUUUGCAUUCAGAUUUCUCAGAUUUUAUUUUUGUACUUGUACAUUUGAAUAUUAUCAGUUGCAGUUGAAAUAUCCACCCAGGAUGCCAUAAGUGUUGUUGUACAAAGACAUAAAGAGUGUUAACACUGCAACAGGGUGGUGUGGUAGUAAAACAGGCCAUGGUCCACGUUUUCUCUCACUCCUUGCCUCCUCGGACUGAUGCUUCACAACGAAAAACGUCUGCUCAUUAUCCAAUCAGCAGUGUACAGGAAAUCAUGAACCUGUGCUCAUCAUCGAAGAGUCAAAUGAACUCCACUCAUGGUGGUCACAGGUCAGCCAGCAUGCUUGCACCUAAACUGAGGAUGACAGAGAUGAAGUCUAUAGUGUAUUUUGGGAGAUGACCUUAAAUCAGCAUCACUCUGGUGUCCAAGGCUUUCCUCAGCAGUUAGGUCAUCUGUGUAUGUACCGGUCGAUACUUGCCAAUCAGUGUAUGUGAAUGUACAAAAUGUUUUUAUUUGUUUGUUUGUUUGAUUGUAUGUCUAUUUGAGUUUUGCAAACAGAAAGGGGCUCAGUUGAACUGAGCUCCGUAGAUAUUUUCAGCAGCUCGUCAAAGUGAACAGUUCCAUUUGUCGGUCCUGGCCCGAGCCCACCCAGCUACUUCCCAAACGUUAUUUAACCUAAAUCACUUUUCUGCUUGAGGAGAGUGUAUAUGGUCUGCAUUUGCUAGCAGUUAGUAGACACCAGGUGAGACCAAUUGGUUUAGGUAGGCUAAAACUCUCCAUUAUAUAUCCACUGUUUGUAUCUCUUUGGGAACUUGGAUCAACUUUAUGUGUACUUUGCAUGCAUGCUAUCACACAUUAGAAGUGUUUAAGGGUUCAUCUUUGAUUUUAUCAAGUGCCAAUGAGGCGUGCCAGUUCUAGUUGGCCAGUUGAGAUGUUAGCUGACUUAACCCGACCACCAUCCAUGUCUUCACACAGACAAUAAGAAGCCUAGCUGCGUGGGUCUAGUUUGACCAAGUGCCAAAAGAUCCUGUCGUUUCUUCACUAUUCUUUACUAAUGUGUCAAAAAUCGGUUUAUGCUUUACAGAGGGAGCAAAGCUCUCACGUUGGAGUGUAGAGCCGGUUAAAGUUGAAGCUCGUGUAACUGGAAUGGUGAGUUUAAAAUGUCAUGAAAGGUACGAAACAUAAGCAGGAGAAAAGAAAGGGAAAAGAAUUCAGAGUCUGUUUCAUGUUACGUGGAUGCAUCUCCUGACUUAAACCAAACAGUCACAGGCUAAAAGGCUGACAUAACCUUCCAACCUUCUAGCUUGAUGACAACAAACUGUAGAUUCCGUCCUCUGGAUAGGUGAUUUCAUUUUCUUCCGAGAUAUAUAUUUGCUUGUUGUUUACAUCAAGUACUUGAAAAUAGGUAGUAUUAAAGGUUUGUACAGUAUACUGCAGUUGUGUGUGUUGAGAGUGUGAUAAACACCAGGAGUGGGUGAAAGGUGCUUCUUUUCUCUGUGGCCUUAGAUACCCACCUGCUUACCAUUCCUGAUCUUAUUAGUCCUCGAUUCGGGCACAGUCCUUUCAGUGCUUCGGAGCCCAGUGGUUUUUCAGUGAUACCUGGCCCAGGCACUCUGCUGUGAACUGUCUUAGCGAGAUAAAGUAAAAGGAAAGGUGAAGAGGGUACGGCCUGGCUCAGGCAGACAUUGCCUCGCUCAGCACUCGGUUUGCCUGAGCUGUUUGAAGAGAAGUGUCGAGAAAUGAGGAGAGAGGGAGAGGUAGAAAGAGAGAGAACCCCUUUAGCUCUAGUUUCCUGCUCCGGCUUUGAAGCUGCUCUUUGAUCUGAGUCAGUUGUGUGCACAGUGUGAUCAGGAGAUGGAAAGAAGGAAAAAAAAACAUCAAACUAUCAGGCAAGGAGAAAUGUAGGAUGAGGUGAUGAUUGACGUGCUAUUACUGAGUCCAGCCAGUGGGGGCAGAAGUGGGUAAGAUUAGCUGUAAUUGGCUCAUAGACUGUAUAUAAAAAUGCAGUCUAUGAUUUUGCUCCCUCAUCUGAAAAAGCACCUUUUCACUCCUUAACCCCCUAAUGAACAUCUGUAGGUACACAAUGGUGCACAUAUACAGUACAUACACUAAACAUAAAGCUUCUUCCUUUUGAUUAAGGUGUCUUCCCAAUUUCAGCGAAUAGAAUUGUAUCCUCCUCAUACCUCACAUUGCUUGUAUGGAGUAAUGCUUUUUAUCAUUUUAACGGGACCUAAAUGCCUUUUCCUUUUCCAAGGGAUAAAAUGUAUGUUUCUUAGAGUCCUUCCAACUCUUAGAUGAGCUCUCCCCUUGUUUUCAGAAUUGUGACGAACGUAAUCAGAGGCACACAGAUUAGUCGAGAGUGGCUUUGAUUUUUCUCUCAGAGAUCAUUUAUAUCAGGAUGUUUCCUUUUGUCUUGUGUGAGAUUUUUGCAUGCAUUUUAAUUCAUGCUUUAGUUCUGCCUGGUAUUCCAUAUUGAUCCGUGCUGUCUUUAGUCUAACUGCAAGCCCAUUUGUAUACAUCUUAAAUCACAGCUGAAUGCACCUUUUUUUGUGAGAGAGAAUUUUUUUUGUUACUAAAUAAUAGCUUGUUUCCAUGCUGUGUACUCAUUUCUGGGAACCUUUUUAAGUCAGUUUGAAAUGAGAAGAGGGAAGUUUGUUUACUGUUUCUGCAGCGCAGAAUCCCAUUUGACUGCCAGUUGUGAUAUGGAUAGAUGCUCAUAAACACAACCUCAAUUCAGCUCAAGCUGAUUGCAAAUUGAAGAUGCUUUGUGCACUUUUUUUGCCCUCAGUGAAAUGUGUUGCCGAAGAGACGGUGUUGUGGUUUUGACUGGCACAUGUCAUCAUUCCUUAUAUAAAACACAGCAUUUAAUCUGCAUUUUUGUUUGUUUGUUUUAUGCCAUCAGACAGAGGAACUGAAAUCCAGAGCAAUGUAUUAAUCUCAAGUCAAAAUAUCACCAAGUAUAAAAUGAGUAUCCUUCCAUUUUAAACACAUUGUAAACAAACCCUUUGUAGACACUGGAGUUCUGUAAAAUAGUAAUUAACUGGCAAUGAUGAUGAUGACGAUGAUGAUGAUAAUAAUAAUGGCUGUCUGUUCUUGUUUUAUAAAAGUGUUGUGAAAAUUGUAAGAAACUUAAAGUAUUUAAAAAAGGUUGUUCUCUUGUUUUUUUUAUUUGCUUUGGUUUUGUUAUGAUAAUAUAUUAUUGUGUACCUAUUGUAAAUAUGAAGCACACCUAUUUUGCAAGCCAAGGAUUCACUUUGUACUGUUGUUAUAUAUAAAUAAACUUUGCUGGUUAAAAAUUGCAUAGAGCUGAAA